ACUCACCUUGCUGUCUACUAUCAACCUGUCGAAUUCCUGGCGCCCACAUCCACUUCGGCGAUCAGAUAUUUUCAUCCACGUUCUUGAAAGCGUUCGUUCUAAAGCGUUUCCAUUUGUCGAGGUUUAAAUUUAUUCCUCAUUAUUUUCUCUCUCGAUUUGUUUUCGUUCAAACAUGCCAAUUUAAUCUGCAGCUCAGUGUUUGUAACCUUGUGGCAAUCCCAGCUUUAACUCAACUUCGUUCAUUUAAGUCGUGAUCCAUCAUGACAGAAGUCAGUGGAGAUACAAUUCGCGAGUUGCGAAGCUCAUUUCUGAAGAAAUUAGAAGCUGAAAAUAAGACCGAAGGAUUUUUUGCGGAGGUUGAUGUUGCGCGAGUUAAAGCUGAUGAUGAAUGGCUAGGCCGAUUUCUGCUUCAUCAUGAAAUGGUCCAAGAUGAUGCUCUAAGUAUGUUGUGGGAAACACUGGAAUGGAGGAAGCAGAACAGAGUCAACGAAAUCAAUGAUCUGGUUAAUUAUGAUUACCUGAAAGAAGGUGCCCAGUUUCCACACAAUUUUGACCGAGACGGGAAAGCACUGUUUAUUUUCAGAUGUAAGCUGCACAGCAAAGGCCAGAAAAGUUUUGAUGACCUAAAAAUGUGCCUUAUCUAUUGGUUUGAACGUCUCGAAAAGGAACACAAGGGGAAUCAAAUCACCAUAGUAUUUGACAUGCAGGAUUCUGGCCUGAGCAAUCUAGAUAUGGAUUACACGAAAUACUUAAUAAACCUCUGUAAAUCAUACUAUCCAUACUUUCUCAACUACAUACUCAUUUUUGAAAUGCCUUGGAUCUUAAAUGCUGCAUUCAAAAUAAUAAAAUCAUGGUUGCCGGAAAAAGCUGUCCAAAAAAUUAAAUUUGUCAAUCAGAAAACGCUGGGAGAAUAUGUGGAACCCAGUCAAGCCCUGAAAAGCUGGGGUGGAGAAGAUCCUUACGAGUUUUCGUUUGAACCUGAACCAGCCCCUGUUGCAAUCAAAAUCGAUAAAAAAGUGACGUUCAAUAAUUUGUCACCUAUAAUUUCAAGUCAAGGAUCCACAGACAUGAAUGUUAGCAACGAAAGUCAAUCCUCCCUUAUCAACAUUACUCCGGCUGAUGCUGUGAUUUUCAAGUACGAUGCAACCAAUUCCGAAUAUGUAGGGCAAAUCCACAUCAGCAAUAUUAGCAAUGACAAGAAUGUCUCGUUUAAAAUAAAAACAACUUCACCGGAGAAGUUCCGCGUCCAUCCCAGUAUCAGUAUUCUCGGCGUGGAAGGCAUGGUAGCCAUCACGGUCACCGUUCUGCCUGACUUCACACCCAAUCAAAUAAUGAAAGAGAAGUUUCUCAUCAUGUGUCUGCCUGUUGAAAGCAUAGAUUUAGACAGUAUUGCCCUCUCUGCUCUCUGGAAGGCGGCUAACACUAAAAAUGCAGAAAACUAUCGGCUCCGAUGCGCAGUCGAGUGCGAUGAAACGGACCCAUACGUUGGCAAUAACAAUUAUGCAACUUCCUCAGCCACAAAUGUAAGAUUUAGAAUGAAUGGCGCUGCUCCUGUGGACGUAAAUGAAAAGAUAGAUAAACUAUUCACCAUGAUUACAAGACUGAAUGAAUGCAACGGUAAACUCCAUCAAGACCUCCAGAACAAUCAGCGGUUGUCGAUAAUCACACUAGCACUAUUAGCAGUCAUCGCUGGUAUCAUGAUUUACAUGUACAUGCACAGUAAUGCAAUUGCCAUUGGGGGUUCGAAAAAAUUCUAGCAAUUACUGCAAACAUCGUUUGACCAGGCGCGGGUUUUUGUGUUCAGGUUUAUCAAGCCACUAACCUCUUAACCGGCAAGAAACUUCACCAUUAUCCGAAUCUGCAGAUCAUUUUUUUAUUGGUGCUGAAAAUAUAAUCAUCUGCAGAGACAGGAAUCUUUGCCUUUUUUUGCUGCCGGGCUAUUUUUAGUCUGAGUUGGUAGGUCAGGGCUAGCCAAGUCAGAAAAGUAUUAUAGUAGAGGUUCGGCUGACUCUUAUCUUGUUUGUAUAAUUGUAUUGUAAUAAAAAUGUUUGUAAGAUUUUUUGAGGUCUAUUUAUUCAAUAGGGUUAGAGCAAGGUUAGUGAUCUGUACAAUUUUCAGAUAUUUUUGGGGAAAUUUAGGUUUGUUGCACCGGUAAUGUAACCACAUUCUGUAGGCAAUGGUGUUAAAGUUCUUUGGUGUCCUGUUUCAUUAUCUUGAUACAAUUUUUAACGAAAGGGCAAGAAAAUACAAUUCUGGCCUUUGGGUAAUAACCCUUUUUUAUUUCGAAUUUAAUUCUGUCUGAGAAAGUCACUUUCAAUUCAAUUCCUUUUUUCUGUCAAUAAUUUGAAAUACAAAGAAGUUUUAUCAAGUUAAAGUUAAGGUUAAGGUAUCAAAAGUUCAAUUUUAAAAAGAAUAUUCAGUAAAUUUUAAUGCCUUAUGUAAGGAAUACUUUUUUGACGAAGAUUGUCGUUCCACCAUGAGUAAAACUAACUAUGGUUUAAUACCUCUAAAAUUUCCAACGUCAACAAAGAUCAUAUUAUUCAGAAAUUCAACGGAACUUCAUUGCAUUUGCACUCACCCUUGGAAGUUUUGGAAGAAGUAGUAAAUCAUGAAUCUCACAAUAAAAACUGACAAAUCAAGUCAGACCUGUCCCUAUGCGUCAGUCUCUUCAAUGAGCUUAUGCUGGUCCAAUUUUAGGCUAAAAAGAUAGGUUGGAAUUUCUGAGAAGAAGGGCUGAAAAAAAGGUGUAAGGGAGGGGGGGGGGGAUUGUAGCUCUGACUUGGAAAAUGAUAAAUUUCAGUUUCAUUGGUUCUUGUUUAUCUAAGUAAAAUUUGAUGCAAGGAAUACAUAUUUCUAUACUGUGAGGAUGUUUGAAGUAGUUCCUGUUUCCUUAAUUUUGUCCUAUUUUUCAAGUGCCCUACGAAGUAAAAGCUUUGCAUCCGUCCAACUUAAGAGCCAGGGGCUAGGCAGAAUGAAGACUCAACUUUCCUCUCCGAGAAAUGUUUGUUCCUAACAGAAUGUUUUCAUUUUCGGCAAAAACAUCAUUAUGCUAUAAUUUCACCAACUUCCUCCCAUCGCAAGGAAAGUGCUCCAACCAAAAAAAUAAAUUUUCAUGAUAAGUUGAGUAAUAUGUACAUUGUUUUAUAAAAUUGUUAAAAACAAUAUUUUUCAGUUAUUGCGUGUAAAGUUUUAUGUUGACGAAAGGACCUCACUUGUUUAAAAACGGAAAAAGUUUUGAUAUUUUGUUAAGUUGAGUAUUUAAAUUUUAUUCUCGUUGCGUUAUGUGCCUUUUGUUCUCAUCUAUUUUCGUUAUCAAAUUUGAUUUUUUCUGCAAUUCUUAAAUUUUGAUCAUUGAAGGUGAUAGGAAAGGUUUUACCUUUUGUCUCCUCAAAACUCAACUGGAUUUAACCGUAUAAAUUUAUGAGAUUGGAUUUUAAUCAACUUGUUAAUGUCUACAGAGAUUUUUUUCUUUCACCAUACAUUAACUUUUAAGUAUAAUGGUCCAAUUUUUUUUUAGCACUACCUCAACUUCUUGUAAGGGGCUGUCCAUAAAUUCUGUAAAGUCAAUCAUGUAGUUUUUGCUCCUCAUCAACCCACCCUACAAUGCUUGCACCAAAAUGUGCUGCGCUCGUUCCUUAAAAUUUUACUCAGCAAACUCUGACAGUAUCUACUGAAAAGAGCGUUCAAUGAGCAAAUUCAAUCGAAGCAACUUUUACAGAUUAAUGAAGAGGGUUUACAUUGCUGUUUAGGAAAAAUAAUAAAUCAAAAAACAAAAAAGAUACAUCGAUGGCUAAAUAUAGACUAUCCAUUUUGCACUUUCAACAUUUAAAAAUCUCCAAUUCUGUUUCAAUUUUUUCCAAAAAAAUAAUUCUGAAUUUUUCUUGCAAUCUUGAGUGAUUUUUAUAAGUAACUAAAGAUUUCUCACAGAAAUUAUGAAUAGUAGCUGUUGGUUGGUUUUCUCUCUAAAAAUGAAAAUAUGAGCGGAGACUUUCAAUGUUGUUAUUUGAGAUUCACUUUUUUCCAUCUGCUUCAGCUGUCGAUAUAUUUUAGUAUUUUCCCCGAAGAGUCAACGGUAGAAUAACGAUAAAAUGUGACUGAAUGACGCUCCUUUACUCCCCUAUUUUGUCCUCGGAGCAUUGUGAGAUUUGUGGACAAACCCUGAACUUUUCUAAAGCCUUUAUAAAUACAUGCACUUAUAUAGAAUACUCAGCGAUAUUUUUAGAGGAAAUUUUUUUUGUAAUAAUUUUUAUUAAAAUGUAAAAAAAUUGUAUCGAAUUAAUAAUGUAAUUUUGGGGAAGAAUGAAAGAAAAAUGUAAGGGUGGGAAAAACAACACGUCUGUAAAUCAAACUUAUUGGUAAUGAGUAUCAUUUCUGAAGUAACGAGGAUGGGUGGACCGCUCAUUAAUAAUCAAAAUGGCAAGGUGGAAAAAAUUGACCUCAUUUUGUAUCACUAUGCAUCGAUCUACUUCUGUGGCGUAUUAGACAUUUUAAUUUAGUCAUCACAAAUUGAAUAAAAUCAUGCUAAUUUGUCAGAUGGUAACCAUUUAAUAUGUAUUGCUUUUUUUGCACAGGUUUUGCAGGAGCCAAUUUCCUUUAAUUUGGGCACUGACUGUGAAUAUGUCAAAGGACCGUGCUUGGUAAUUCGGCGCCGGCUAAAUUUCAUUAUAAUCUGAUGAUGUAAUGCUGCUUACAACCUCCUGUGUACUGUAAUCUUUAAAAUUUGAACUUCCUGUAUGCCGAUGGAACAUUACUUAAGGUGAAAAUUUAAGCAUUAUGAUAUAUUUGUCUCAUCGGAAUUUUAAGUAGAACACAAUUUAUCUAAGGAAAUUUAUCGUAAGUAACUCCCAAACAAGAUAUGAACGUUCCUAAAUGGAUAAAUUCCAACUUCCUGCUCAUCAUAGAAAAACUAUAAUCUUUUUGGGUUAAAUUGCACACAAAGCUUUACUGUAACUGUCCCUGCAGUAUGAAAAUAUGGCGAACUCAAUCUCCGCGCUUUGGCUCAGCUGCCACACAUUGUUUACACUUUGAUAAUGAAGGGAGCUACACUCUGCACUACUAUAUUGUAAAGCCUGGCCAAAUUGUUGUAGAGCGCGAUUUGACUCGAGCAGACACUGGCGUUUUCUGUGAGCGGGAGAUACAAAUUUUUUGUAACCAAUGCUAGAUAAAACUGUUAAUGUUUAGAAUAGGAGUCCAUGUUAGUCAUUUUCGUUGUGCUAAUUGUGUUCCUUGUGAAAUUUUAAAGAAAAUAUGUCACAAUGCUAAAAUUCAUAUCUUGUCUGGUGGUCUAUUUCGAGGAAAAGAGGGCUGAAAAGUGAUUUUUGCAGCAAUUUUUGGUUGAAAUGUUGCGACAUCAGACAAGAGUCUGAGGAGAGCUCUUUCCUGAUUGGUCACAGAGACUACUCUAAAAGAAUCAAAUUCUUUCAAAUGAUCACAGCAUCAACACACAAACUAUGGCAGGCACACGUCUCUAUAUGAAAGCACAUCCAAGAAAGCAGAAAAAAAUCACUCUCAGCCCCACUUUUCUCGUCUAUGGCACCUAAAAAUUUCGAUAUUAGAAGCUCAUCAUACUGAUGAAGUCAUCAAGAACAUUAUACUAAGCAUUAACGAAUUUACCCAGCCGUGGAUUCCUUAGUUUCCAUGCAGGGUCCUUUGGCAUUCUACAACUAAAGUUCAUUACAAGGUUUUAUUUCUGUUUCACCAGUUCUUUAUGUGUCGAUGUUAUUUCAUUUUGUGUCACUUCUAUGCUAGCGACCAUUCUCUUGCCUUCUAGUAACUUUCAGCUUUCACAAAGGAACUGAAAAUAUAUAUUUUGUCACCCUCGAUUGGGUUCAUUUAAAGCCAAUCUGGAAACAUUCUCCUUUGUAUAUCAUUGCAAAUAAAUUAUACAGGGUAUCUACAGGUCUGAAAAACAAGCCUGGCACUUACAGCAUGGAAGUCGGUACCGCAAGUUCCACACUGAAUCUGCUCUGAUUCAUGGACUGAAUGAUCAGCUUGCGCACCUUUAGUGGCAUCCUUAAGAGGAGCCUCACACGGACCUUUUAAUUCCUACAAUAAAUGACCUUUCAGGGGUGUUUCACGAAUGCAUAUGUGUUUCGCAAAACCACGCCUAAGAUUCUUCUAAAUGAAGCAAUAUCUAACUUAUCUGAGGUUCCUAAUUUCUGCUCAAAUGAAUCAUGUACCAUACAUUUCUUCAGACUGAGAAUUCUCAUAAAUCUAUUUUUAUCAGAGUAAACUAUCACUUUUUUUUAAAAUUUAGUAUUAUCUGUUAUUAAUUCAACUCCUCAUGCUUGUCCUUUUCUUUUUAUUAUUUUUUUAAACAAAGAUAAAUAUGUUUGAACCAAUUAGAGCGAAAGGGGCUUCUUUGCAUUGCAAUUGGAUCCACCGUUUUUCUAACCAGAAAAAACUUAGAAGAAUACACUUGACCAUUCUUGAGUCAUUGAAUAAACGGUAAAGUGAGAUGUACCAACAAUGCAAUGCAAGCAAACCACCUCCUGCUCUUUCCCUCUCGUCCUAACUUCAGUUGCCUCUUGCUGUUUCAUUUCAUAAUGAUGUAUUCCAAGAAAUUCUGUCUGCUGAAUUUGAACAUUUAACGCACCAUUCUCAAAGAAAUUGUAAGACUGACCGUGCUUUAAUUUUUUUUUUUUUUUGAAAGAUGUUUAUAUUGUCUGUGCAAUUCAUUGUUGAGUGUUUCAUUUUCAUUGUUUUUACAGGGUGGAACAACUUUGUAACCUUCAAGUGCACUUCUAGUUUUUUCUGUAUCCACCUGUCAUUAUUAAUAAAAAAUAUACAAGAUUUUUUUGAAAUCUAUUUUAUAGUUGAAA